AUGGGAAAGAUCAUUUUUUAUGAAGACAAGAGCUUCUGGGGCCACUGCUAUGAAUGUAGCAGUGACCACCUUGACCUGCGGUCCUAUGUGAAACAAUGCAAUUCCAUCCAGGUCGAAAAAGGCUGGAUGAUUUAUGAGAACCUCAGUUACUCAGGACACCGGUACUUUUUAAAAAGGGGAGACUAUCCUGACUUCCAGAAGUGGUUCAGUCUCUGCGACUCCAUCAGGUCUUGCCAUUGUAUAAUGGGAGCAUAUCGAAUUCAGUUCUAUGGAAAAGAGAAGCUCCAAGGCCAAAUGUUGGAGCUUACUGAUGAUUGCCCAUCAGUCCCAGGUUAUAUCCAUCUCCCUGAGAUCUGCUCCCUCAAUGCUUUAGGUGGCUCUUGGAUCUUGCAUGAAAUGCCCAACUUCAGGGGCCAACAUUAUUUACUGAAACCUGAGGAAUGCAGAAGAUCCCCUGACUGGGGUACAGUAAAUGCCAAAAUUGUCUCUUUAGAGAGGCUGACUUGCACUGAGUUAUUGCUCCCACACUAA